AAGCGCUGCUACAAGCGGUGACCGGUGGUUAGAAGGAAUACGCGCACAUUGAAGCAUCUACACCCCAAGGGUGGUGCUAGGUUUUCAAUCGUGUGGCAGCAGGCAGCUGCUGGAGAUAGGCACAAGGCCGAAAGAUUUCAAAGCGCGAAAGCCUGCUCCACGCGAUCUCUUUUCUGCAGUUCGCGCGCCAAUUGCCAGCGGGCGACACCUGGACGACCACCCGAUAGAGCUGUAGCGACCGUGUUCCUUGCUCAGGCGACCAGGGACGUGUAGAAGCAGCAUCCACUCAGGCGGACUUUAAAGUGUUAACUCCGCUUCCUCCGGUUCCUCAGUACAAAAGAUACGGCGACAGCGAGGUGUCAACAUGCCGUCGCAACACACACCACCCUCUACGACUUCCUCCAGCGCGGGCCAAUCGCCACCAGAUCCACAAUUCAGAGUUGUGCGCAAGAGGAACCGAGUACCCUUGUCUUGUGGACCAUGUAGACAUAGGAAGCUGAAAUGCAACCGAGCGCAGCCUUGCGACAACUGUACGAAGCGUGGAGACACAGCAUCAUGUACAUAUGCUUCUCCGGGCAACCGCAAGAAGAACACAGUCGGCGCUGGCACGACGACCUCUCCCGAUGAUAUGCAAAACCGAAUCGACCGACUUGAAGGACUUGUUCUCUCCUUGAUGACCAAUGGCGCGCAGAGUGCUGGACCUGCAGCUGCACAGGCAGCUAUCGCCAAUAGCCUCAACAGUGCUUCCUCAGACCAGCAGUUCGACACUAGUAACAUGAGCAGUGGUAUGAGCAACGGGCAGCCAGAGUCGAUACCGGAGGAGGAUGCAGGCGAGGAGAGUGAGAUGGAGACCGUAACGAAAUCGAUUGGAGUAAUGAAAGUCAACAAUAACCAGACCAUCUUUGCAUCUGAAGCACAUUGGUAUGCCAUUCUUGGCGAGCUUUCGGAAGUCAAGAACUACUUUGCUGAGCACAAAAAGCAGUACGAUGACCAGCUGAAGCGAUACAAAGCCAGCCACAGCGAAGAAAGCCCGCCUGGUACUGGCUUCUUGUAUGGUCAAAUGAAGCCUAUGUCGAGACCCGAGAUGCUCUCCCGAUUUCCACCAAAACCUACAGCUGACAUCCUCGUGUCACGCUUCUUCAACACUUAUGAUCCGGGUAUCCAUAUCAUACAUGGGCCGACGUUCCAGAAAGAGUACGAUAGGCAUUGGUUGAGCCCUGAUGACACGCCGAUCAUCUGGCUAGGCCUGGUCUACUCCAUGAUGUGCAUAGCGCUACAGUCAUAUACAAGAGCUGGCGACGAGCCACCGGAGUACAGCGGUAAAUCUUGGGCAAUGUCAAAGGAGUACCGAGAUCUUACUGCACAAUGCCUUGUCAUGGCCGACAUCACACAACCGACACAAGGGAUGCUCGAGACGUUGAUUCUGCAUGUCCACGCCGAGUACUCACGCAGUAGAGAUGCAGAAGUGGGUAUUUUCAUUAGCACGGGUAUUAUCGUACGGCUGGCGAUGCGACAAGGUAUGCAUCGAGAUCCAGCGCCCUAUCCUGGCAUUUCCGUGUUCCAGGGUGAGAUGCGGCGCAGAAUCUGGGCUUGCAUUCGGUCUUUCGAUCUCCUGUUUUCUGCGCAGGCUGGGUUACCACCGAUCAUGCGACCACGGGACACCAACACCGAUGUUCCACGCAACCUCUACGAUGACGAGCUGUUUGAGGAUAUGAAGGUUCUACCACCGUCCAGACCAGAGACUGAGGCGACUCCUACGCUGUUUCUCAUCAACCGCACGCGCUUGAUCUAUAAGCUGGGCGAGGCCGUUGAGUUGACGGAUACUUUGACGUGCUCGUCUUACGAAGAAGUCAUGAAGCUUGAUGCGCAGGCCAGAGAACUACAUGAUAGCAUUUCACCGCACCUGAAACUGCGCUCCAUGGACGAGUCUGCCAGGGAUACAUCGACUCUGAUCAUGCAACGAUUUACCCUAGAGCUCCUCUACCUCAAGAUCAUAUGUGUACUGCAUAGGAAGUACCUUGCAUAUGCUCGCGUUCAUGCAAGAUUCAGCUAUUCCAGGACGGCUGUCAUUGACGCAUCAAUGACUAUGUUACGGCACCAGGCAACACUGCAUCGAGAAUGCCAGCCGGGCGGUCGCUUACGGAAUGUCAAGUGGUUCAUUUCGUCUCUUACAACGGUUGACUUCCUCCUUGCGGCGAUGGUCAUCUCAUCUGAUCUUUACCACACCAUCAAGUCCGAACGUCAAAGCCGUUCAUCUUCGGGAGACAUAUACACAUGGGCCUCGGAUCGCUUUGAUGAGAUGCUCGACGCCAUCGACACAGCGGUUGGUAUCUGGGAGGGCUUGAAGGACCAUUCUAUGGAGGCCUACAAAGCCUACACCACACUCAGUGUCAUGUUGAGCCAACUGAAAAAGGAUCGCACAACCAGGCAGGCACAAUCAAGCUUCUCCUCAGCAUCGACAUUCCCAACGAAUACGCCAAUGGACGAUGCGAACGUAGCCCCAGAGCACUCUGCGGCUAUGACAUUGGGUAUGCUUAGCACUGGUGGCCUGACACCCAACUCAGCAAACAUGUUCGACCAACGAUAUCCGGCUUCGAUGGCAAACCUGCUGAACGACCCAAUGCCGCAGCAAUCGACCGGUCUGGCACCGAACUACGGAGGAAGCACGACGACCGGGCUUGGAGCCGUUGAGAAUGCGCCUAGUCCGUUCUCAAAUCUCUUCGGUGCCAAUCUUUUUCAAAACCUGGAUUUGCCGCCAACAGACAGCAUCAACUGGGAUGCAUGGGACUCGUACAUUCAAGGCCCAAGUACAGAUGCUCAAAACAACUUCUUUCCCAUGGAUCUGAGUGGGAUGCCCGUGCAGACAGAUGCGACCGGACUACAGAACCCACCGGUGUCUAAUGCGCAACCGCAGAGCCAGCGGACCAACGCAUUUGGGCAACCUGUGUUCAUGGGAGCUGACUCAAAGACAAGUAAUGACGAAGACUAUGCAAUGGGGUUCAUGAUGAACACCAAGACCGAGUAAUAUUCGAGAGGUAGUUAGACGACUGAAAUCGGUCUCACACGAUGGGUCACAGGAAGCCAAAACGCAUCGGCUUAUUCGUUUCACACAUGUUGAUGAUCGUACACCUAUGGAUAUCUACUUGGAACGCGCGAAUAAUGGGUUAUGUUGGGCGAGGACUAAUCAAUGUCCACGCUUAGCGAAGUAUGAGGUGUGAUACCUAAUCGAUACAGACGCCACUCACAUUUUGUUGAUUAUUAGAGAAACAAUGUCGAGGCGCACAACUCCAAAAUUUUAUUCGUACCGUUGUCCAAUACCAUCCCCAGCCGAAAGGUAGGGUUGGCUAAUUUAAGCUUGAACCCUGGCGUUG